GCAGCGACCGAAGACAUGAUACGGCGCACGGAUACCGAGGUAGCCUCAUAAGCCAUUUUUGAAAGAAAAAGACAUGAUUAAUGUCAUAUUUUCAUGAGUUAGUUUCGGUUAUGUGUAACCGCUCCCGGAAGCGAUUGGGUGGAGGGUGACUGUCACCCUAUCCGACGACUCCAACAAUGCGGGGGCGGUCGGCCGUUAGCACCGAGGCCGUAGUAACGGAUUCAUUGCACAUAAGGGAUUGAGUGCAGAGCCGCAUCUCGAUCGUUAGAUCCCGAUCAGCUCACUGCAGAUGCGUACCUCACCAUGUCGGAAACAAACCCAGCUUUUGUACUGCAGGAGUUGAAGAAGGUCUCUUUUGAGAACCGCCCUAUACCUAAGCUAAGAGAUGAACAUCAUGUCCGUGUUCACAUUGAACAGACAGGUAUCUGUGGCUCUGAUGUCCACUACUGGCAGAGAGGGCGUAUCGGCGAUUUCAUCCUUGAGAGUCCCAUCGUUCUUGGCCAUGAGAGCUCUGGCACUGUAGUGGAGGUUGGAAAUAAAGUGAAAAAUGUCAAGGUGGGAGACCGAGUGGCAAUUGAACCCGGAGUUCCAUGUCGGCACUGCGAUUACUGUCGCUCAGGCAUGUACAACGUCUGCGAAGACACCAUCUUUGCGGCAACUCCUCCUUGGGAUGGAACUCUGCAGAAAUACUACAUCGUAGCAGGCGACUACACUUACCCAAUCCCCGACCAUAUGUCUAUGGAAGACGGGGCCCUUGUCGAACCUGUUGCAGUGGCCGUACAGAUCUGCAAAGUAGCCAACCUCAAAGGCGGCCAAAGCGUGCUUGUGUUCGGCUGUGGGCCUAUUGGCAUUUUAUGCCAGGCAGUAGCCAAAGCCUACGGGGCGAGCAAGGUCAUCGGUGUCGAUAUAUCUGAAUCCAGGGCCAAAUUCGCUAAAGACUUUGCAGCCGAUGAAGUCUUCGUCUCAAGAAAAGACCCCGAAGCACCUACAGACCCAGUCGAGGCCGCACGCGCACUGGGAGAAAAGAUUGUAAAGACUUUUGGGCUUGAUGGGGCCGAUGUCGUGCUUGAAUGUACAGGGGUCGAGAGCUGUAUCCAAGCAGGCAUCUAUGCAGCGAAAAAGGGGGGCACAUUUGUUCAAGCGGGAAUGGGAAAGGAGAAUGUUGUAUUCCCCAUUACAACGGCUUGCAUUCGAGCUCUCACUAUAAAAGGGAGUAUAAGAUAUCAGUCAGGUUGCUAUCCGGAAGCUGUCAAAUUGGUUGCAUCAGGAAAGGUCAAUCCGCGUAAACUCAUUACCCAUCGUUUCAAGUUUGAGGAGGCCGAGGAGGCGUUCGAAAUGGUUAGAAAAGCAGAGGAAAAUACACUUAAGGUCGUGAUAGAAGGAGUGAGAUCCUAGUCUAAGACAAUUGAUGAGGAAUUAUGCAGCUCCUGUAAUGCACACCCUGCCACGAUGACUUCUAGCCUGUGUUAGUAUAUUCGUAAAGACAUCUGAUCGAUUGAUCAACAUA